AUGGCAGAUGAUCAAUUUCAAGCAAGUGGAAACUGGUGGGAUUCAGCAAGAAACGUGAGGUUUGAAAGUGGGGCAUCACAGUCUUCUUCCUCUGCCAUCACAAACAUUGGAAACUUUGCUUGGCAAAACCAAGAUAUGGAAGACAUGAAGCCAAGGUCUUCCAUUGAUUCCUUGUCUGUCUCAGGUAGUUCUUCUGUGGUUUUCCAUGACAACCAGAAGCUUCAAACUCCAGAUUCUGCCACUGACCCCAACUUGCAUAUGAUGAUGGGUUUAGGCCUUUCAUCUCAUGCCAUGGAUUGGAAUCAAGCAUCAUUGCUAAGAGGUGAGAAGGGUACAGAGAACAGUUUCAGGUCGAUGCUGCAAGAGAAUUUGAGCUCAUCAAGAACAAAUUUUCAGCAAGAAACUGAGAUGGGGUUGUCUCAAGUUCAAUGGAGGUCAGAGAAGUUGUUCUCUACAGAGUCUCCAACGAAUGAAUUCAAGCAAGUAAAUAGGGGUUUCUCUUUAGAACAAAACCAGUUUAGUCCUCAAUAUAGUUCUGGGGACAGCACUGUUACAAGCCAAGGUUUGUCCUCUACUUUUCCAAUGGAUUCCUCAGCAGCUUUAUAUGGGAACACAUCAAUAUUACAAGGACUAUUAGGACCUGAUCACAAUAAUCAUCAACCCCAUCAAGCUUCCUUUGAUAAUCGCCCCAUGAGUACUUUUCAAUGCCCAACAAGCUAUGGAUUAAACUCUAAUGAGUUGAUUCAUUCAUGGUCUAAACCUCCUCAAUUCUUGAGAGCUUCACCUCCAAAACAAAUACCAAAUAACCAGUUGCAUUUCACCAACAACGCUCCCUUUUGGAACAACUCUGAUGCUGCUUCCAUCAAAGAUGUUCGGUCCAGCUUCUUCCCUUCAUUGCAACCCCAAUUCUCCACUCCAAAUUUUGAUGCACAGUCAAAGAAUAUAUCUGAAGUUAGGGAGUCAAGUGCUGUGGCAAGGAAAAGUGGGAGUGAGCCAACACCCAAAAGGCCUCGUAACGAAACCCCAUCUCCUUUGCCAGCUUUUAAGGUGAGAAAAGAGAAGAUGGGGGACAGAAUCACUGCACUCCAACAAUUAGUGUCGCCUUUCGGAAAGACUGAUACAGCCUCAGUGCUAUCUGAAGCCAUUGAAUACAUCAAAUUCCUCCAUGAACAGGUCACUGUUUUAAGCACCCCGUAUAUGAAAAGUGGAGCACCAAUACAGACACAACAGAGUUCUGGUAAAUCAAAGGAAGCUGAGGGUCCAAAGCAAGAUCUUAGAAGCCGAGGGCUAUGCUUGGUGCCAGUUUCGAGUACAUUUCCAGUGACUCAUGAAACCACAGUUGAUUUUUGGACACCAACAUAUGGAGGGUCUUCCAGAUAAUGAUGGAGAAUUGGGGCACGGAACCAAAUACUCUGCAACUAGC